AUGCACCUGGCCGUUGUGCGAUUGUCAGCGAUGCCCGACAUCAACGAUACAUCCCAGGAGGCCUUGUCCAACGUCGUGGAAAACGCGCUAAAGUUCUGCAAGAUGGGGCGCGGCGAGGGUGGGAAGGACGGGGGGGUUCGUGCGACGGUGGUCUUGAGGGCCCGCCUGAGCGUGGAACCCGAGUGGGCAGCCGAGAGCGGUGUUGUUAUAGAAGUCGUGGACAACGGCCCGGGCAUCGAAGCAGAAGACAUGCCGUACAUCUUCGACCGCGGGUACAGAGGGAGGCAGCCGUUACAGUGCGGCAUUCCGGGGACGGGCCUCGGCCUGGGCAUCGCCAGGGACACGAUGCGCUCGUUCGGCGGGGACCUUGAGGUUGUGAAUAUGAAGAGGGACACGGAUGGUGAUGAUGAUGCCGAUGGUGACGGGAAGGAUGGGGGCUGGGGGACCGGGGUGAAGCUGUACCUGCCGAGGGGGGAACGAAGGAGAUCAGAGGGGGGGGAAUGAAGCCGGACAGCUAGCGUGGAUGGACUGGCGCCAUGUAUUCGUGGAAUUCCGACGGUCGGACUGCUGGCGCAACGCACAGAUGGGUGGUUGUACUUGUAGUGGCUCUUGGUGGGGCCGAAGGUGGUUAUUUAGUCUUGUUGGGUGGGUAGCGGUGACGUGUUAGUUGUUUGUUGCGUCGUUUAUACGGAGUGUCUCUAUUUUGUCUGGGGCAGGAAAACCGAUUUGUACAGCAUUGUUAGUGGUUAUUUCGUGGGGUGGAUAAGGCGAUUCGCCAGGUACCAUUACCUGUUCCGCAAUGUGGAGGGCGACCCAGGACCCGUUCCGGGAGGGUGCCACUGAUUCUAUCUUCGAAGCCAACGCCCACCACGAAGCAAUCGAUGGGUGAAACGAGCUGCCAUGGUUCGGGGUUCUUAACCCCUUUGGGUCUUGCCUUUUCUUUUUUCGGCAAAAGAAAUAAUUGGGAGGAGGAGAGAAUGCGGGAGAGAGAGGCAGAAGUUGCAGAAAGAGACGUGUGUGCUUCUGCAGACGGAACAGCUAUCUCCACUCAUAGGCCAUGAGGGCUGCCCGCGACAGGGCGGUGGGCACAUACAGGAUCACGGAAGGGUAGCGGUGCGGCCGGCAGGGCAGGUUAGGCUUGUAGACCUCGAAAAGAUUCAGUCGUCAAGCAGCCUAAACUAGUCUAUGUUUAGU